AUGGAAGCGCACCCAGCUCGACACUCAGAACAAGCCCCUCGUCCAAAGAAGGGACGGAUGGAAGAUAGGAAGGAACGAGAUAACAGGAAGACAGGUCCCUUGGGAAGAAGCCAGAAUUAUACGCCCCUGAACGCUCCGCUUGAUCAAGUGCUCAUGCAAAUCAAAGACGAUCCUUCUUUAAAAUGGCCAGAGAAGAUGAGAGGGGAUCCCAAUAAGCGCAAUAAGAACAAAUAUUGUCGCUUUCAUAGGGACCAUGGGCAUGACACGGAUGAGUGUUACGACCUGAAACAGCAAAUUGAGAACCUUAUCAGACAAGGAAAGUUGAGGCACUUCGUUGGAAGGGAUCGUAAAGAUGAGAAGUUGAAAGGCAAAAUAGAGGAAUCAUCCCGGCCCCCACUAGGAGAGAUAAGGAUUAUCGUCGGAGGGAACUCGAUGGGGCAAUCUUCCAAGUCGAAGAAGACGUAUCUCAAAGCGGUACAAAACGUCCAGCUCUCUGGACGAUCACCAAGGACGAGAUCAAUGGACGAGCCAACCAUUUCCUUCACCGACGAAGAUGCUAAGAGGAUCCAUCACCCGCAUGACGAUGCGAUCGUCAUUACACUGCUUAUUGCAGAUUAUACAACCAGGAGAGUGUUAGUUGACAAUGGAAGCUCAGCAGACAUAUUGUACUACCCCGCCUUCCAACAGAUGAGGCUUGGACGGGAUCAACUUCGUCCAGUCUGCUCGCCACUGAUAGGAUUUUGA